UGGCUCACCUCCCUUACUUUCUUCUUUACAUAAUCUGACAAUCUCUCUCUCUCUCUCUCUCUCUCUCUCUCUCUCUCUCCCUCCCACCCACUCUCUCUCUACGGAGUGACGUCGGUGUUAAGAAGAAGAUGGCGGCGCCAGGAAAGGCGGAAGGUGUAUCGCAGUGUGGACCUCUGUGGUGUGUGAGUUGUGUGUAGUGCCGCUGGUUGGAGUGAGUCGUCUAGUCAUCAUGAACAAUAAGGAGAGAGAGAGCACAAAAGAGUCAGAGAACAGUCGAGGCCAGAUGAAGGUGUUUCUGCCUAACAAGUUGUUGGAGCGGCUCCCUCAAACCACCUCCCUACCCAAGGAGAGACUACGAUGGAACACCAACGAGGAGAUUGCAUCCUACUUGAUCACAUUUGACAGACAUGAAGAGUGGCUAUCCUGCUCGCUCAAGACCAGGCCCCAGAAUGGCAGCAUCUUCCUGUAUAACAGGAAGAAGAUCAAGUACAGGAAGGACGGCUACUGCUGGAAGAAGAGGAAAGAUGGGAAGACCACCAGAGAAGACCACAUGAAGCUCAAAGUACAAGGCAUAGAGUGUCUCUAUGGUUGCUACGUCCAUUCUUCCAUCGUCCCAACAUUCCACAGGAGGUGCUACUGGCUGUUGCAGAACCCAGACAUGGUGCUGGUUCACUACCUGAAUGUUCCGUCGCUGGAGGAUCAUGGGAAGGCGUGCGGCCCGUUGCUAUGUGCCGUUGCCGACCGCCGAGACUCGUUACGCUGGAGCCGAGACGAACUACUGGCUCAGCUCAAGCCUAUGUUCCACAGCAUUAAGUGGUCAUGUGGAGAAGGUUAUGGAUCAUCAGAGUUCUCUAUAGAACAACUGGCUCAACAGAUGCUGGAGUCUCAACAGACCAAACCUCAGCCUCGUACACACACCUGUCUCUGUAGCUCCACACUGGCGUCUCCUGGAGCUAACAUUCCCCACCGCUGUAACAGCACCAAACAUCGCAUUAUCUCCCCCAAACUGCCCGCUACCAGCCCUGCCAUGUCAGCCUCACCCCUGGCUGAGGGGGAGACAGGAGGGGGAGACAUCCCUGCAGGCGGCGAGAAGAAACCUUCCCCACACACACACCCUCCCCCCUCACACACACACUCCCAGGUAAAGCUUGGAGGGUCUACCAGCCUGGUAGGGAGACAUGAGGGAGUCUCUUCCUCCCCCUCUCCCCCCUCCUCCUCCUCCUCCUCCUCAUCAUCCCCCCCUCAGGCUCACCGCACAGCAACCAUCGCCGUUAGCAACGGCACCACCAACAAUUUCUAUGGUGACCAGCGGGGCCUGACGACGGUUGCCCUACCGCAGAAUGCGGUGAUCGUCAUGACUACGGCGGGGGUCAUCGGGACGCAGGGUGGAGGAGAGCGGGAGUCGAGUCUGUCUCUUUCCCGUUCAGGUCAGCUGGUACUCUCCCCUCCCCCUAAACCAGACACCCCCUCCCCCAACCCCACCUGCUCCACCCACCCCCUCCCCCCCAACCCCGGGGUGGCUACUCUCAGCCUCACCCUCCUGUCUUCACCCGUUAUAGGGGGACUACUCCUCACUCCAUCCCCCUCUCCAUCUCUCCUGCACCCUCUCCCUCCUGCCGCCCCCUCUCCCUCACCCUGCCAACCUGUCUUCGAUCCAGACUCCUUUCUGAACAGUCCUAAACAGGGUCAGACCUACGGAGGCACUCUCCCCCUCCUCACCCUCUCCUCCCCCUCCUCCUCCCCACAUGCACCCUCCCUCACUCUCUCCCUCUCCCCCGUCCCCUCCCCCUGCUCAUCCCCUCCCUCCUCUCUCUCAUCCCUCUCUUCUGAGGCAGAGAGGAAGAAUGAAGAGAGAGUGGUGCUCCAGACCUCUAUCCCUUCUUCCUCCCUCCCUCCAACCCUUUCUCUAUCCCUUUCUCCCUCCCACUCCGCCCCUUCUUCCUCCCUCCCUCCAACCCUUUCUCUAUCCCUUUCUCCGUCCCACUCCGCCCCUUCUUCCUCCCUCCCUCCAACCCUUUCUCUAUCCCUCUCUCCGUCCCACUCUAUCCCUUCUUCCUCCCUCCCUCCAUCCCAUUCUCUAUCCCUCUCUCCGUCCCACUCCGCCCCUUCUUCCUCCCUCCCUCCAUCCCUUUCUCUAUCCCUCUCUCCGUCCCACUCCGCCCCUUCUUCCUCCCUCCCUCCAUCCCUUUCUCUAUCCCUCUCUCCGUCCCACUCCGCCCCUUCUUCCUCCCUCCCUCCAUCCCUUUCUCUAUCCCUCUCUCCGUCCCACUCCGCCCCUUCUCUCCUGCCUCUGUGUCUGGAAUCAGCGCUGGCCCUGGGCCCUCUGGGGGAGACAGAGGGGGAGAGGGGGGAGGCAGAUGGAGAGAGAGAAAGACAGAGGGAGGAGGGGAGAGAAGAGGGGCACCCGCCCACCAAACUGGCUCUCCUCCAGCGAAGCCAAUCCCCCAAGCCGUCGUCGUCAGGGCAACACCACAGAAAAGCAUCAUCAUCGCUGCUCCUGAUUCGCCACGAAACGCAGCAGACCCCUCCCACUCAGCAGAUGGCGCCCAAUCUGCAGCCUCACAGGCAGGACGGAGAGCAGCCAUUGGUCGUCCUAGAGCCCAAAGAGCUCCAGCAGCACCUCCCCCAACCCAUGACCUCUAUGCACUUUAACCCCACCCCGACCCCGACCCCACUGACCCUGACCCAGAACCACCACUCUCAACUCCUCCUGCUGCAACACAAACGUCUUCAGAGUCAGGAGAGAGAGAUGGAGAAAGAGGUGGAAAGGGAGAGGCAGAGGGAGGUGGAAAGGGAGAGGGGGAGGCAGCUCUUACUCCUGCACCAGAGACUCAGCCAGCCGACUCCCUUAGAGUCCCUGUUUGCUAACAUCAACAACGUGGCUAAUGCAAACAUGGCUCUUUCGACUACUGUUAAUAUGGACAGUGCCAAUGCCGCUAUGGGUAAUGUUAACAUGACCAAUAUGGCUAAUGGGCGGGUUAGAGUAAAGGAGGAGAGGGGGCGGGGCUACGAGGCAGAGGACACACCCAUGGACACGGGUCAAAGGUCGGAGGUCACGGAUGAGCUAGAGAUAUCGUUCGACAGCCAGUUCCCUGACCUCAUCACAGAGGCCGACGCCCCCAACACACACACACACACCUCGGUCCUCGUCCCGAACCCGGCUCCCACCAGCCUGUUCCCUACGGGGGUACGUUACAUGGUUCCUCCCCAGCCCUCCCCCUCCUCGUCCUUCCUCCCCUUCCCCCCUCUUCCCCCUAACAACGGGACUGAGCUACAACGCCUAGCAACCAUCACAGACUUCUCCCCCGAGUGGUCCUACCCAGAGGGUGGUGUGAAGGUGUUGAUAACAGGUCCCUGGUUGGAGGCUACUGGACAUUACAGCUGCGUGUUUGACCAGAGCACCGUCCCCGCUUCACUUAUUCAGCCUGGAGUCCUACGGAGCUACUGCCCUGCCCACGAGGCAGGGUUGGUGUCUCUUCAUAUAGUGGAGGACAGUGGGUCUGUCUCUUCGUCUGUUCUGUUUGAAUACAGAGCUAGAAACGCCUCGUCUCUACCCAGCUCACAGCUGGACUGGCUGUCCCUGGACGAUAACCAGUUCCGUAUGUCCAUCCUGGACAGACUGGAGCAGAUGGAGAGGAGGAUGGCUGAGAUGUCUGCAACCAACCCACACACACAGCCGCCGCCACAAUGCCAGCGGAUCAACACACUCUCCCCACACACGCCCGAAGACAGAAGCCAGUCAGGCCCAUGGUUUGAGAGGAGGAUAGUUGGAGUAUGUGAGAGGAUGAUGGAGGGAGGGAGGUGGAGAGGAGGGGGAGAAGAGCGCCUCGCUCACUCCAUCCGCCACAGAGGGAUGACACUGCUCCACCUAGCCGCUGCACAGGGAUACACACACCUCAUCCACACACUCAUCCACUGGAGGAGUGUCAACAGUGACAGUCUGGACGUAGAGCAGGAAGUUGAUCCUCUCACCGUCGAUCAUUUCUCAUGCACUCCUCUGAUGUGGGCGUGUGCUCUGGGACACCAGGCAGCAGCCGAGGUUCUAUAUGGUUGGAACAGCCAGGCGCUCGGAAUUCCCGACUCACUAGGCCGCCUCCCCCUCGCAGUUGCACGCUCUCGCGGACACACAUGCCUCGCCCGCGCGCUGGAGGACCUACACACACACCGCCCCGACACGCACACACCCACAGAGAGGGCCGAGGAGGGGGCUCAGGGGGAGCAGAGCACCACUCCACAACUCCCCCCCUCUCCACUGUCCACCAGUCCUGACACAGGUCUGAGUUCGUCCAGUAGUAUUCUCCCCUCUCUCUCCCUCCCCUCCCCCUCUCUCAGCUCAGCCUACUCUAGUGGGUCUGUACCCCUCUACAACCCUCCUGACCCAAUGGAUACCUCCCCCUUCCCCUCUCUCUCCCUGUCCUCCCUCCCCCUCUCCCCUCCCUCCCCCUCUCUCUCCCUCCCUCUGAGCCUGCCGGUAUGGGGCGAGGCCUGUGGAGGUUGUGAAGCUGGGGACUCUAGUUUGAACGCCGGGCCCAGAGACCCUCUCUUCCUCAUGGACUACGAACCGGCCCCUCCCCACUCCCCUCCCGGACCUCCACACUCACACACACCCCCCCGUCGCUCACACACACACACCUUCGAGGAGCAGGUGAGCUUCAAUGAGAAUGCAGAGAACGAGGAGGAGUUCCUGCCUGCUGAGGUGCUACAGGUUGACAUGGCAACGUUAGCAGAGCAGAUCAUCGAGGCGACUCCUGAGCGAAUCAAACAAGAGGAAUUGUCCAGGGGGGCGGAGUCACCGCUCAGAGAGAGGCGGGACAACACGGUGAUAUCCGACACCAUGCCCUGGUUGGCCACUUACCUGGACACUCACACACACUCCUCUCUGUCUAGAUGUGUGUACCCCCCCUCCCACCUCAGUACCCUGGCCCUCCAGAGGCUGCGGCCCCCCAGUAGUGUGGCGUGGGCGGAGUUCCUGAACGCCUCGGCCAAUGGGAGGAUGGAGAGAGACUUUGCUCUGCUGACUCUGACUGACUCUGAGCAGAGAGAACUGUACGAGGCUGCGCGCAUCAUUCAGAACGCCUUCAGACGAUACAAGGGUCGGAGGUUGAAGGAACAGCAGGACAUGGCAGCAGCCGUCAUUCAACGAUGCUACAGGAAGUACAAGCAGCUAACAUGGAUAGCUCUGAAGUAUGCUCUGUAUAAAAGGAUGACUCAGGCAGCGAUACUGAUCCAGUCUAAGUUCCGUAGUUACUAUGAGCAGAAGAAAUUCCAGCAGUCUAGACGGGCUGCGGUUCUGAUCCAACAGUACUACCGCAGCUAUAAGGAGUAUGAACGCCUCAAACAGGGACCCAGAGGGUCCGGAUCACACAAUCCAAAACUGAAGGGUUCCUUCCUGACUAAGAAGCAGGACCAGGCCGCUAGGAAGAUCAUGAGAUUCCUACGACGAUGCCGACACCGGAUUAAAGAGUUGAAACAGACUAAGGAGUUAGAGAGGAGAGGGCUUACCACCUAACUCCUCUUUUACCCCUCCUUCAUCCUGCCAUCCGCCACGGGAGAGAGGGAUGACUGGUUGAGAAGAGAGAGCAGCCUGUCUGCCCUCCUCCCUUUAUUCUCUAUCUCCCUCCCUCCACUGGGGUCGCUCAUCACCCCAUCCAGCUGUAUGCCUGUCACUCCUCCUCUCCUCCUCCUGUUUUCCUCUCCUCCUCCUCUCAUCCUCCUGUACUCCUCUCCUCCUCCUCUCCUCCUCCUGUUCUCCUCUCCUCCUCCUGUUCUCCUCUCCUCCUCCUCUCAUCCUCCUGUACUCCUCUCAUCCUCCUGUUCUCCUCUCCUCCUCCUCUCCUCCUCCUGUUCUCCUCUCCUCCUCCUGUUCUCCUCUCCUCCUCCUGUUCUCCUCUCAUCCUCCUCUCAUCCUCCUGUACUCCUCUCAUCCUCCUCUCCUCCUCCUGUUCUCCUCUCAUCCUCCUCUCAUCCUCCUGUACUCCUCUCAUCCUCCUCUCCUCCUCCUGUUCUCCUCUCCUCCUCCUCUCAUCCUCCUGUACUCCUCUCCUCCUCCUGUUCUCCUCUCCUCCUCCUCUCAUCCUCCUCUCCUCCUCCUGUUCUCCUCUCCUCCUCCUCUCAUCCUCCUCUCCUCCUCCUCUCCUCCUCCUGUUCUCCUCUCCUCCUCCUGUUCUCCUCCUCCUGUUCUCCUCUCCUCUUCCUCUCCUCCUCCUGUUCUCCUCUCCUCCUCCUCUCCUCCUCCUGUUCUCCUCUCCUCUUCCUCUCCUCCUCCUGUUCUCCUCUCCUCCUCCUCUCCUCCUCCUGUUCUCCUCUCCUCCUCCUCUCCUCCUCCUGUUCUCCUCUCCUCCUCCUCUCAUCCUCCUGUACUCCUCUCAUCCUGUACUCCUCUCAUCCUGUUCUCCUCUCAUCCUCCUCUCCUCCUCUCAUCCUGUACUCUCCCCCUCUCCUCCUCCUGUACUCCUCUCCUCCUUCUCUUCAUCCCUCUCUCAUGAUGAAGUCAUGCUACUUCUGCAAGAAUGCAAACUGCAAAGGGAUGGAGAGAGAGAAGUAAAAAAAAGGAGAGAGAGACUCCUGCCUCCUGCCUUACCCCCUGUUCUGCUGUGGAGAGGAGGAGGAACCUGCCUUACCCCCUGUUCUGCUGUGGAGAGGAGGAGGAACCUGCCUGAAUCUGUUUAUUCUUUAUUUGAUCUAUUUCUGGGCAAAACAAGACAACUGCAGCUUCUAACUGAAUGUAUGAAACAUUUAAAAAAAAAUAUAUAUAUAUAUAUAUAUAUAUACACAUAUAUAUUCUACAGAUAUCAAAUACUACAUGUCACUGCUUUUGUGUUAUUCGUUGGGGCAGGUAUUGUACGUAUAUGAAGUGAUAGUCACUGAGUCAGUAGGACUGAACAGAACACUUAAAGUCUUAAAACAGGGAGAUAUCUUGACCCUAACUAACUAACCACCUUUACACACAACUAGAUGGGUUGGUAAAGAACCUCUAUCGAAUGGCAUUACAUCCAUGUUCGUGUAGAUAGAACCAGUAUAGAUCUAGACCACCUAGAGAAGAACCACCUCAUGUUAGUGUAGAUAGAACCAGUAUAGAUCUAGACCACCUAGAGAAGAACCACCUCAUGUUAGUGUAGAUAGAACCAGUAUAGAUCUAGACCACCUAGAGAGGAACCACCUCAUGUUAGUGUAGAUAGAACCAGUAUAGAUCUAGACCACCUAGAGAGGAACCACCUCAUGUUAGUGUAGAUAGAACCAGUAUAGAUCUAGACCACCUAGAGAGGAACCACCUCAUGUUAGUGUAGAUAGAACCAGUAUAGAUCUAGACCACCUAGAGAGGAACCACCUCAUGUUAGUGUAGAUAGAACCAGUAUAGAUCUAGACCACCUAGAGAGGAACCACCUCAUGUUAGUGUAGAUAGAACCAGUAUAGAUCUAGACCACCUAGAGAGAACCACCUCAUGUUAGUGUAGAUAGAACCAGUAUAGAUCUAGACCACCUAGAGAGAACCACCUCAUGUUAGUGUAGAUAUAACCAGUAUAGAUCUAGACAUGAAGAGAGAACCACCUCAUGUUAGUGUAGAUAGAACCAGUAUAGAUCUAGACCACCUAGAGAGAACCACCUCAUGUUAGUGUAGAUAGAACCAGUAUAGAUCUAGAC